AUGUUGCUGUCGGCCUUGUUCAUCGUUAUCGACACCGUCAUUUUCAUUCUGCUCCUCGUGUUUCCCCGUGCUCGUGCAGCAGUGGGGGGCACACCGAUCCCCCACCGAGAGAUCGAACACGAAACGAUCUUGAUAUCAGGAAUUGAAACCACGACUGGCCUAGUUCUGGCUCGAACAUGGCGCGAACGUGGCUUUCGGAUAGUGGGCGUUGAUGUAGUCGAUCCCUAUCUGCCCAUUCGCCCAGGCGGUGGUAUGUCAAAGUCCGUCGCCGCAUAUUACCAGGUGUCGAAAGACCGCUAUGUUUCGCAGAUUUUGGACAUUGUACUUCGUGAGGAGGUCGCCAUAUGGAUCCCCUGCUCGCCGAAAUGCUCCCCCGCGGAAGAUGCCGCUGUCAAACAGGUCGUGGAGAGUCGUACCGCCUGCAAAAGCAUCACUUUCGACCCCGAGAUGACUGCCCUUCUCAGCGACAAGCAAUCAUUUCGAGAGUUCCUGCUCAGCAAACACAUCCCAGUCCCCAGGCAUUAUCAGGUGAAUUCUCGCGACUCGGUCCAUAGAAUUCUGAACGGCGCACCGACUAAAUCAUACAUUAUACGAGAAAUCGGCCCACGUGCGAAAAGACGUGGCAUCACUCUACCAGGGCGAACACUUAGCAGCACUUACACCACGGUCAGCGAAUUGUCCAUUUCGAAGGACUCCCCGUGGACAAUGGAUCAGCAGACUCGACUGGGCGUGUUAUGGGCCGACUUUCUGGUCAUUCGUGGUCGUGUCUUCUCCUAUCAUUUGUGGACAGAGGAGAGGUGGGCGUAUCACCAGAAAGCCUUGCAUCUGCAUCAGGCGCUGGCGAGCAGGGCGCUCCGCAUCAUCCAGCAAAUGACCUCACAAGAGGGCGAACGAAUGACGGGACAUUUAUCCGUGAAAUUCCUGGUCGACGAGGAGAUCGAGCCCACAUCUGUUCGUUACUUACUAUACGUUUCCGACUGCGUUUCUGGCGCUCGAGCUGCAGAGAAGAUUGUGCGUCAUACACAAUGGCCUACUGAGGGCUACCUUGCCGUUCUGAGACCUGUCUUGGUCCUCGAGGGACCGAUAACACAGUCAGACUCGCGUGACCCAUGGAUUUUCGGAGCACAAUCACUAGACGUUCUGGCCGAGUGGUGUCUUACAUGCAUUCUGCGUGCGCAUGAUGACCAGGAGAGAUUCCAGGAACGGUUCCAAAUCGAGAUCGGUCCGUAUCUCUUCUGGAAGAAUACAGACCUAUCAGCUGAAGAUCCUCUCCCUUGGUGGUGGGAUUUGCACGUCUAUCGACCCCUGUGUGAGCUCUGGACGCUUGCGAAGCAAGUUAGAACCCUCAUCGGACGCCGUGUCUCAUCCAUCGACGCGAUAGUGACAAGAUCAUGA